GCCCUGCCGGCACUUAGAGGUGGCGGCGGCCAUGUUGCAAUGGCGGCUCCGGGCGCCGCUGCUGACCCGGGCAGGUGCCGCCGGUGUCACCAUGGCCCGGGCCGGCCUCAAGAAGCUGGUGAUGCCCCCGGACUACAGCGGUAUCGUGAUCCCGGAGAAGCCGAAGCUGAAGUUCCUGGAGAGGGCUCCGGCAGUGCCCAAGGUCCGCAGGGAACCGCGGCGGCUCCGGGACAUCCGGGGCCCAUCCCGGGAGGCCACUGACUUCACCCAGGGGCAGUUCGGGAUCCUGGCGCUGGGUGGGGGCUACCUGCGCUGGGGCCACCUGGAGAUGCUUCGCUUGACCAUCGGACGCGCCAUGGAUCCCAGAUCCACCUUCGCCAUCUGGCGCGUGCCGGCGCCCACCAAACCGGUGACCAGGAAGAGCCUCGGGCACCGCAUGGGGGGGGGCAAGGGCCCCAUAGACCACUAUGUGACCCCAGUGAAGAGCGGGCGGCUGGUGGUGGAGCUGGGCGGGCGCUGCGAGUUCCAGGAGGUGGCUCCGUUCCUGCUGCGGGCGGCUCGGAAGCUGCCGUUCCCUGCGGUUCCCAUCAGCAGGGCUGGACUGGAGCGGAUGCGUCGGGAGGAGGAGGAGAGGAGGGUCGGGAAUGAGAACCCCUGGACCUUCGAGCGCAUGGUGAGAGCCAAUAUGCUGGGGAUGAGGAGGUACCUGAGCCCCUGUGACCUGCACUGGCAUGGGCGAUACUGGGGCAAGUUCUUCCUGCGGCACAGGGUGUGAGGGUGGGAAGGGAUUAAAGCUUCCUGAGGGAU